AUGCCUAUUAUUGAUGAUGAUGAGGACGAUAAUAGUGUUGCCCAGAAGUAUCCGUUGCACAAACAGCUGAAGGACAUGAGUGAGUACAAGUGGGAAGUUGGAACUCUUUAUGUAUCAAGUGAGGAGUUUAACGAUUGUGCUACUGCUUAUGCUGUACACACUGGCAGGGGUUUGAGGUUUGAUAAGGUUGACCUUCAGAGAGUGAAGGUUACUUGCGUGGAGGAUUGCAACUGGUUUGCAUACUGUGGCAAGAUGAAGAAUGAGCAAACAUGGCAAUUAACCACCUGCCACAACAAGCAUAGUUGUUCUAGAGAGUUGAAAAUUGGGAUUAUGCAUGCAAAAUGGUUGAGUAAGGUGUUUCUAAAAAAUAUUUCUGAGAAUCCAAAGAUAAAGCUCUCCACACUAAUGGAGAAAGCAUACAGCAAGUGGAAUGUAGAGCUGACUAAGUCUAGAGCUGCCCGGGUUAAACAGUUUGCACUUGAUGAGUUACAAGGAACGUAUAUAGAGCAGUAUCGGAGACUCUAUGACUACUGUCAUGAAUUGCUGAGGUCUAACCCGGGUUUUACAGUGAAGUUGCAAGUGGAGAGACCACCUGAGUUUGCUUCUGAGAGACCAAAACCUGGUGUGGAUUUAAGGCCAAAGUUUCAAAGACUCUAUGUGUGCCUUGAUGCGUGCAAGAAGAGUUUUAUGGUUUGUAGACCAAUAAUUUGCCUUGACGGGUGCUUCAUCAAGACACCAUAUGGAGGUCAACUUCUCACGGCUAUUGGCUGGGACCCGAACGACCAGAUAUUGCCAAUAGCCUAUGCAGUAGUUGAAGCAGAGACUAAGGACACAUGGACUUGGUUUCUUACCAAUCUGUGUGAUGACUUUGGCUGUGACAAGAUAAGGGGAUGCACCUUCAUGUCUGACCAAUAG